CUUGUUUUGAACUUUCAUCAAACAUCUUUCAUUGGAUUCACAGCACAGCACACCUGAUUGCUUUCAUUAAUGUCAUCCCAGAAAUCCUCUUGGAGUUAAAUAAGGAUAACGGAAAUUUCAGAGAUUCUACAAGCAGCUACCUGAGACUAUUUGCAUUAUGAAGCUAUUUCUACUGAUGUUUCUCCUUCUGCUGUGUCAUGGCAAACCAUAUCGGCCAGUCGAUAUCAUGGAUGUAAUGGAUAUCCAUGACAUCAUGAUGCAAGACUUUGGGGAUGAUGAUGAUGAUGAUGAUGAUGAUGAUGAUGAUGAUGACGACUAUGACAAUGACUUACUGGACUGUCCUCGUGACUGUGAAUGCUCACUAAAUGUUGUUCGGUGUUCAGACCGGGCAUUAGGACAGGUUCCAGAAAAAAUUCCAGUAGACACAGCGAUGCUCGAUCUCCAGAAUAAUUACAUCUCUGAAAUCAAGGAGGAUGACUUCAAAGGCCUGAACAACCUUUAUGCCUUGUUCUUGCUCAGCAAUGAAAUCACAAAGAUUCAUCCCCGGGCUUUCAGAGAUAUGAAUAAGCUGAAACUCCUUUACUUGUCCUACAACAUGCUGACUGAAAUACCAGCCAACUUGCCGAAGAGUAUUCUGGAGCUACGUCUCAGUGAUAACAACAUCAACCGGAUCCAGAAAGAUGCUUUCAAGGGCAUGAUGUCCUUGCAAGUUUUAGAGAUGACUGCCAACCCAAUUGCAAACAGUGGUAUUGAACUUGGCGCUUUUAAUGACAUGUCUACUCUAUUUCUGCGGAUUGCUGAAGCAAAGCUGACAGCAGUGCCCAAAGAUCUGCCAUCUGAUCUCAUUGACCUUAACCUGGACUACAACAAAAUUGCUAAAGUGGAGGUGGAGGACUUUUACAGAUACAAAAAGUUGCAAAGAUUGGGUUUAGAAUUCAACCAAAUCAAGUAUGUGGAGAAUGGAAGCCUUGCCAGCAUUUCCAACAUAAGGGAAAUUCGCUUGGACAAUAACAAACUGAAGAGAGUUCCGCCAGGUUUGAAUUCACUUAAGUAUCUCCAGGUUUUGCUACUUCAUGCCAAUAAAAUUCAAAGUGUGGCAGUGAAUGACUUCUGCCCUGUUGAUGCAUCGGUGAAAAAGGCCCUCUUCAAUGGCAUCAGCCUCUUUGCCAAUCCCAUUAGGCAUUGGCAGAUUCAGCCAGCUGCAUUCCGCUGUGUUUCAAGCCGAGGAAUCCAUAUAGGGAACAGGAGGAAGUGAGCAACUUAGAUAAUGUUGUGUGUUCUUGCCCUAGAUGGGUUUAUUCCAACUCCAUAUGUAGCAUCAACUUUUCAUCAUGUUUAGGGAUCUACACAAGCUACUACCACUAGUCAUUGCCUGUAGCUCUCCAGAAUCUGCACGAUUUUGGAGAAAAAACAUAUUCUUGCUACUUGAAUAUGAACAUUGAAUUGAAAGAAAUGAAUCCAAUGACAGUUAUCUGGUAGAGGAAAGCUCGGAAGAGAUCACAUUUAAGAUGGUGCUAAUGACCUGAUUUUUUCUUUUACUUAUUUUUUUUUAAAACCAUUUUGUUCAAUCAGAAGGUUUGUAGGUUUAGAAAGUACCUUAUGUUUAUUUGCAGUCAUAUGCAUAUAGUUAAUGCCCAGAGAGUCAUGAGUCAUGAUUUCAGUGAUCCCCCUUUCCAGCAUGAUCUGAACACAAAAAACAUCUGUCCAAACUGUAGCAUGUCCUGGAUAUUGUUACAGUAAGAGUGCAAGGAACAGUUCACUUAUCACUUCUUUUCCACUGAUAUGUUGUUAAUGUGGUUAAAUACUGACCUGUCCUUUACCCUGGUAGUAAAAUAUUAAAUGGUCUCAAAUAGAUAUGCAGAAUUAUAUCCAUUCCUUAAGAUUCAUGCUAUCUUCAUUUCUUUAACUUUUUUGUAUCUCAAUUGUAUCUCAAAGUACUACAUUAUUGUUUGCUAAAACUGUUCUUAAAACCUUCACAUUCAGAAUGCUAUGCAGAGAUGCAAAAAAAACCCAUGCAUCCAACAAAUCUCAAGUCUACAUACAGUACUGUAUAUUUACACAUAUACUGUAUGUGUAAUAGCAUAGGACAAAAUAACAUGCUUGCCUAUAAAUUAAUACUUUAGCUCUUGCUUUAUGUAGAAUUUGAUUCCUUUCUCAGGAAAAGUGGACACUGUAUGACUAUAGUGACCUUGACUAAAAUAUCAUGAGUGUUUCAGUGACACAAUCAACUAAUCGAUUACAUCUGUCACUCCCGGAAUAAAUACAUUGAAACAUAUUUUCGAUAGAGGACUUCUUGUACAUCUCCCAUUAUUGUACCUGUUGUCUUAGAUACCUGCUUUCAACAAGCCAAAUAUAUUUAGCGAUUAAAAUUGUAUUAAGAGAUCUUUCACUGCGCUUGUUCUGCCAGUAGAUGGAACCCUCACUACUUUGGACCUAAUUUUGUGGCAACCUUCGGCCUGUACUUUGCAGUACAUUAUACCUUCACAAUGAGGCGCUACAGGGAUGUUUUUGGCAGGAAUGAUUAGACAGAGUGCUAUCUGCAAUCCAUGCAAUAGAUGAACGCACUCUUAAUGUUUUUCUAAAUUGUUUUCCAAGAAAGCACAUAGUAAAUAUCAUGAAAUUCAACCUCUUCCUCCAUGGCAGUAUUUCAACAUUCAAGUGUGGAAAAAUCCUUGAAACUAACUAAUGUAAGCAUAUCUCUUCAGAUCAUCUGUACCAGAAAUAUUUUUUUGAAAAGGUUAAAGAAAUUACAAUAAAGACAUUU